UAUAUAUAUAGUGUUGUCACUGUACAAUCAUAAUUUCACAAUCAAAAGCAUACUAGUGUACAGAUAUGGAACUCUUCCUCCAAUUUCUUCUCUUCUCUAUACCUAUUUUCUUUCUCUUCAUCCGACCAUUUAUCCUUAGAAAAUCCGAUACCAAGAGACUUCCUCCUGGUCCAAGAGGCAUCCCAAUACUAGGGAACCUCCUUCAACUAGGGCCAAGACCUCAUGAGUCUCUCCACGAGAUGGCCAAGCUCUACGGCCCCCUCAUGACACUCCGCCUCGGCUCCGUCACCACCGUCGUCGCCUCCUCCCCGGACAUGGCCCGCGAGCUCCUCCACAACCACGACCAGGUCUUCGCCAACCGCCCCAUCCCUGACUCCGUCACUGCGCAGCCCAACCACCAAGGAACCCUAGCUUGGGUCCCCGGCGACCACCGCUGGCGCAACCGCCGCCGCAUCUGCAGCUCCCAGUUGUUCACCGCCCAGCGGCUCGACAUCCUCCAGCACUUCCGCCACCGGAAGGUCGAGCAGGUCCUCGGGCACAUACGCAAACACUGUGACGCCGCGACGCCGGUCGACAUCGGCUCGCUGUCCUUCGCGGCGACUCUCAACCUGAUGUCGAACACGAUUUUCUCCGUCGACAUCAUCGACGCGGAGUUCGGUACGGCACAGGAGUUCAAGGAUGUGGUCUGGAGCAUCAUGGAGUACGCCGGGAAGCCGAACCUUUCGGACUAUUUUCCGGCGCUGAAGAGGUUUGAUCUGCAAAGGGUGAAGCUUAGCGUUAGGGUUUCGUAUCUGAGAUUGCAUGAGAUAUUUGACGAGAUUAUUGCCCAGCGCUUGGAAGCUAGAGAGAAAGAUAAGAAGAGCAGGCAUGAAGAUUUCUUGGACGUACUUCUUGAUCAGAGCGAUGAAAAUAGCCCUGAAGCCAUUAAACCCGUUAUUAUGGAUUUAUUCAUCGCCGGCAGCGACACCUCCGGAUCAACGACGGAAUGGGCAAUGGCGGAGGUCCUUCGAAAACCCAAAGUUUUGCAAAAAGCACAGAAAGAACUCGAGGAAGUUAUCGGCAGUAGUACUCAACAACGCAUCAAAGAAUCCGACAUAGAUCGUCUCCCAUACAUCCAAGCAAUAGUAAAAGAAACCUUGCGUCUUCACCCGGCUGCUCCACUUCUGUUGCCCUACAUCGCCGCAAACGACGUCGUCGUGAACGGUUACACAAUCCAGAAGGGAAACCAGCUUCUCGUCAACGCCUGGUCUAUAGGGAGAAACCCUAAGUACUGGCAGGAUCCAUUGACGUUUUCGCCGGAGAGAUUCUUGGGGUCAAGCGUGGAUUACAGAGGGAGGGAUUUCGAGUAUAUCCCGUUUGGUGCCGGUCGGAGGAUUUGUCCCGGUUUGCCUUUGGCUAACCGGAUGGUUACCUUGCUUUUGGCUUCUCUUCUCCAUUCGUUUGAUUGGAAGCUUCCAGAAGGAAUCACUUCCGAGAAUCUUGACAUGACCGAGCAGUUUGGAAUCACGUUGAAGAAAGCCAUUCCACUUUGUGCAGUUCCCUUGGUAAAGAACUCGUCGUAGUUCAUCCAGUACUGCGAGAUGCUACAGGAUUCGGCUCACAGCAUGACUAGUGUUCUCGAAUAAUAUCUUGUCAUCAGUUACAAUAAUAUUUUAAUAUCGUGUCAUCAGUUAUAAUAAUAUUUUAAUUGACUGAUAUGAUAUUAUUAGAAGGAUAUGAAAAGAGAAGAACAAAGGUGCAUCCGACGACAUAGUCCUGGUCCCUUAAAAAUAAUAUACAUUUGUAUUGUGCUAUUUGUAUGGUUCACUCGAGACUCGAAUAAGUAAUACUUCGUUAAGGUUUAUGUACUCUAGUAGAAAUAAUGUGGACUUGAUCUAUUUGAUUUGUAUGUUUUCGACUGCAAUCUAUUUAA